AUGGAGGAUGAUGACGAUGAUAGCAAUGAUCUAAAUAAUAAUUGUCGCAAUAAUAGAAAGUCUCCUGUUUCUAGCAAAGGUGGACGUGAAGGCGAGGAUGACGAGGAAGAAGAGGAGAUUUUUGUUGAUGUUGAAGACGUCAAUUCCUCUUCUGCUAUCGAGAUUUCUCUUAAACGAGAGACUCUGCGACCUAAUGCACCUUGCAGUUCUCCAAAGCAUUCGUCCACAGCAUCUAAUUUUGUAACGGGGACAGGAGGAACGACACUGGCAGUUUCCAUGUCAUCAGGCUCGCAUUCUACCAGUCCUAUAUCCCUUAUCAAUUCUGCCUCGUCCACCCCUGGGGGAGCAAUGCCUGGAAAGCUACCACCUCCACAUCCACCAAGUUUGAAUCCAGGUCCUGACGACAUACCUAUAGAUACACUUUGUCGCCACCCUGACAGCGCGCGUUCUCGCAUACUUGGAUCAAAUUUCGAUUCAGCUCUAUCUUCGUCAACAACCGCUCUCGGAACUUCCAGUGCCUCUAGCAUUGUUUCAGCUGCCUCAUCUGUCGGUGUGUCUGAUGGAUGGCAAGCUACUUUGCCCUCAGACUGGAUUAGUGUUGUAGCUGGCGAUAUGGCUUCUAUGUCUUCAGCAACAACUCGAUUUGGUGUCGAGCUUGCUGGAGCUACUUCAGAUGGACGCGCCCCAAUUCGGCCCAAGCCUCCUACAUCAGGGUCUGGUUUGACUCGUUUCAGUGAUGCUUAUAUUCUCGGAAUGCCGGCGAAGCGCAGGAAGGUAAUGAUCGAACAUCGACUUUCACUUGUGCAAACCCCUGAACGCAUUUUCGCUGACUGCCUUACGAGUGCUAUCCAACAGCAUUCAGAACCAGGUUUUGCAGAUCGGCGCGGAUUUUCUGAUUCUCUCACAAAUGGAACUAGUCCCAAUAAUGGACUUUUGCCUACCAUCACCGUUGCGACUGGCGCUGGCCACCUGUCUUCAUUGCCUAGUGCCGACACUGAAUUAACUGCAGCUCUUGGUCAUUUUGUAUCAGACCAGUUAGCUGCCCGAUUGUCAAGGGAUCCUGACUUCGUUCCUGCCCAAUUUCCGACCGCUGAUGCGUUCUUUUUGAAACGUCAAAACCAGACUCGUCAACAUGAUCAAACACAACAGCAACAGUCUAUAAUUGCAUCUUCUUCUGCCUCCGAAAUGUCCGCAACACCUUACGUUAUUUCGACUCCUGACCGCCCUUCUGGGCCAUACGAAUCUUCGUCCAGACUCGUUUAG